AUGAACGAUAUCGAUAUCAAGUCAUCCGAGUAUUUCCGUAGUAACGAAGAUUGGAGCUUGUUAGCUUACUUAAAGUAUCGCCAGACUCAAGAAGACUUUCGGCUAAAUAAAGCUUUCGAACAUUUCUAUUAUGUUAAGAAUCUGGUGUAUAUUGCUGAAAACUACCAUGAAGAUCGUGACAAAGCCAAAGCAAAAAAACACCUUGACCAUUUUAAGAACACUCGACCCGUGCAAGCUCGAGGUGUUGACAAAUUCCAGAAUACCAAUAACUGCGGUGACUUGGGAUUAGCUGCGGCGCUUCUGAAUAAACCAAAGCCUAGAUCAGUAAAUGCAUUCUGGAGAUCACUUUAUAGCGAUAAUUAUAAAAAUUUAUUGGAACUUGAAAGGUUAAAACAUGCAGUAAAUACAUUACGUGCCACAAAUAAUGAAACCGAAGUGAUUCGCUCUAUCUCGGUUGCUGAAACAGUGUCGUUACUGAAACGCAAGAGUGAUGAUGAUUGUAAUAAAGCGGACAACAAAAGACAGUGUCAUGAAAUAGUGCAAAGCGCCAUAAACCAUACUCCCAAACGGUCUUGGAGAGAAACAUGUGAAGAUACUUAUGAUGAUAUGGAAUAUGAUGAAUCAGAUUUUGAUAUUGAAAAACGGGAUAAUAUAAAUAGUGCACAAAUCGACGAAUUUUUCUCUUCAGACAGAAGUUAUGAAAAACCUCUUAUGGAGGGAAUAGAGAGUGGGGUCAAUGGGAAGCCUUAUAUUAAAGAAGCUGUUGAGUCAUAUAACAAUGCAAAACGAAGAAAUGCUUUUAAUGAGGCCAUCUUUUGGAGAAUUAUUGAUAUUACCAGUGACACAACAUUAAAGAUAUCAAAUACAUCAAGAGCCCAGUUACAGAUAGACUUGAAUCAUCAUACUCUUACUGUUCUUUCACAAUCAACAAAAGUAUUAUUGGACACGUUACAGCAACUUUCAGAAAGAGAACUUCAGAAAGUUGCACAUGACUUCAAGAUUAUAGGUUCUAAAGGUGUUCUUCAACAGUUGGCAAGGGAAACACCUUCCCGGAAAUUCUCAGCAAAAGAACGAUUACAAGCAAGGCUUGAAGGUCGGAGUGUAGACUCUGACACAACUACUAAUGAUGACAAACUAAAGCUAGCAUCAGUUGAUCCUACCAAUCCAGAAAUAAUAUGGAUAUUUGAUGUAUUAUCUGAAGUUUGUACAAAUAUUGAGCAAGGAAUCCCAACACGUCCAAACACAGAAAGGGACGUUGAUAUAUUUUAUAGUAGAGUUUUAUUUCAGAUUUUAACUGAUGUUGUGGAUCUUCAUUUUGGGGAGUUAUGUAGCCGAGCAUCACGACAACAAAGACGGAAUGCAUUAGAUGGAACAAGUGAUGCUGAAGGUAGCCGACUUGACUGGCUUUUCUCGGCACGUAAGCAUAACUUGGGGAAAGAUACCUAUUGGGGUCGUGAAUUUGGCUUAGCAGAGAACACAGGAUCGAAUCUUGGAAAUAAAUAUAUCAAAUCGAAGAAGAACCUUUGUGAUAUGAUGUGCUUGAUUGAUAGGACUCUUCCUUCAAGAGGACGUUUACCUAUAAUAGACAAGGCAAGAUCACGAAUGAUCUUGCCAGCAUUGAUCUUCUCAACAUGGAGAUUUCAUGUGAUUACACUGUCAGCAAUUAAUCAAGCCUGGUGCGGUGUUUCAGAUUUAGGCUAUUUUGAUAUUCCAACCACGCUUGAUGAAAUUCAUGAGGUGCUCAAGUGUUGUACCAUCAUGCUACACGUCCGCAACAUUCUUCAAGAAACGGUUGAAACCUAUAAGUGUUGCAUUGCCGUUUGUGAAGAAGAUAAUCUGCUUAAUUCCCCUAAUAUUAAAAAGUAUUGA